AUGCCGACCACUGUUGCAGUCAUUGAAGCUACGGCUGGAAAACGGAUGUCGUUUUACAUCGUGGACUGUGGGUUGUCGUCUGACGACAAGGAGAAGAUGAAGAAAGCUUUUCCUCCUUCGAAUGGGAGAGUAACCAUGAACUUCAUAGAGUUGCCUGAUAGAUCUAAGGGGCGACAGGAUCCAAGCUGGGCGAAAAUCGAUGCAGUCGGUCACCUGCCUACCGAAUGGGUGCUGCUUCUCGAUUCUGACAUCCUAGUACGCCAUGAUCUGGGAGAGUUGUGGAAUUUGAAUCUGCAGGGGAAGAUGUUUGCGGCAGUAAGGGAUAUUGGGUUUCCGAUGGGCCAUGAAGGCGUUCAAAGAGGACCGUACUUCAACGCUGGAGUGAUGCUGAUUGAUUUGGCAAAAUUUCGUACCCGUUUGGAUUCCUUGGUCGAGGUCGUUGGAGAAAGACCCCAGACGGCCUACAAGGAUCAGGAUGCUUUGAAUGUCUUCAAUGGGGAAUGGCAGGAGAUCGGCGUUGAAUGGAAUGCGACGGGUUUAGGAACCUAUGCGAAGAUGCAUGCGGCGGAUCGUGCUGCUGUAUGGCCCAAUGGGGAGUUGGAUAAGCUCAAGCGCAGUGCAAAAAUCGUGCACUUUACAGGACCUGUGCACCCUAGCUUGUCCAGGGUCCUUGACAAGUACAACCAGCCCUGGACUAGUAAGCCGUGGGGUUGUGCUGGUGCACCAGGUCAUCCAUUUGCCAGUGAUUGGUUUGCAGUACUUGGGAGAACGGCGUGGAAAGAUUGGGUAAGGUCCAAGGAACGUGAACGGGAUAUGAUGGACGCUGAGCAAAGGGUAAUCGAUGAAGGAGUGAAGGAGUUCAAGGAGCGAGUCAAGGCAGCGCGCAAGCUCUUCGAGUGCGAGUGA